GGGCAGCGCUGCGCCCGUCUCCCUCUCGGUGGUCGCGCUGCUGUGUGUGGCUGUCGGUGGGGUGGGAGCCGGGUAUUUCGCGGAGGAGAAAACGACGGCAGAAUCCGCUUUCCUGCGACCCAAGGUUUUAAUAGCCAUCCUGGCGAGGAACACCGGGCACACACUGCCCUACUACCUGAGCUGCAUCGAGAAACUGGAUUACCCCAAAGACAGGAUCGCCCUGUGGGCGGCCACAGACCACAACCUUGACAACACCACCGCAGUCCUGCGGGAAUGGUUACAGAAUGUGCAGUAUUUGUACCAUUAUGUGGAGUGGAGGCCAAUGGAGGAACCCAAGUUCUAUAAUGAUGAAGUGGGGCCAAAACAUUGGACCAAUUCUAGGUUCACGCACGUGAUGAAGCUCAGGGAAUCAGCAAUGAAGACAGCGAGGGACAAAUGGGCAGAAUACAUCCUGUUUGUGGACAGCGACAACUUCCUGACAAAUGAUCAGACAUUGAAUUUAAUGAUCGCUGAGAACCUAACUCUUGUUGCUCCGAUGCUGGAAUCUCGGUCUUUGUACUCCAAUUUCUGGUGUGGGAUGACCCCACAGGGAUACUACAAAAGGACUCCUGACUAUGUUCCGAUCAGGGAGUGGAAACGUUUGGGUUGCUACCCUGUUCCAAUGAUCCACUCAACGUUCCUCAUUGACCUGCGCAGGGAAGCUACCAAUCACCUGGCCUUUUACCCGCCUCACUCAGACUACACCUGGGCCUUCGACGACAUUAUUGUCUUUGCCUUCAGCGCCAGGGAAGCAGGUAUCCAGAUGUAUAUAUGCAACUGGGAGCACUACGGCUACCUGAGUGUGCCGCUAAAGGCCCAACAGACCCUGGAAGAGGAGAUUGAAAGUUUUAACCACGUUUUGAUUGAAGCAAUGAUCGACCGUCCUGCUAUGGAGCCUUCCAAGUUUGUUUCUGUACCUCCCAAACACCCAGACAAGAUGGAAUUUGAUGAGAUCUUCCUGAUAAACCUGAAGCGCAGGCAGGACCGCAGAGAUCGAAUGCUCCGAACCCUUGAAGCACAAGAGAUAGACGUCAAGGUGGUGGACGCUGUGGAUGGGAAAGCUCUGAACACAAGCCAUCUCAAAGCACUGAACAUAGAAAUGCUGCCUGGAUACCAGGACCCGUACUCAGGGAGAAUAUUGACACGAGGAGAAAUUGGCUGCUUCUUGAGCCAUUACUACAUUUGGAAAGAGAUGGUUGAUCGAGAUCUGAAGCAAUCCCUUGUGUUGGAAGAUGAUGUGAGGUUUGAGCCACAGUUUCGGAAAAAGAUAAUGAAACUAAUGGCGGAUGUUGAAGACAGUCAGCUGGACUGGGAUCUGAUUUACAUCGGUCGGAAGCGGAUGCAGGUGGAAAGGCCGGAGAAGUCCGUGCCUGGCGUUAAGAACCUGGUGGAAGCGGAUUAUUCCUACUGGACUUUGGGCUAUAUCAUAUCCCUGCAGGGGUCCAAGAAGCUGCUGGCGGCUGAACCUUUCGGGAAGAUGCUGCCGGUGGAUGAAUUUCUCCCCAUCAUGUACAACAAACAUCCCGUGAAAAAUUACAUGGAAUUCUACAAGCCUCGAGACUUGAAAGCCUUCUCAGCUGAGCCGCUGUUGGUUUUCCCGACACACUACACCGGAGAAGAGGGUUACUUCAGUGACACUGAAACCUCCACAAUCUGGGACAAUACAAACGUGCCUACAGACUGGAACCGCAAGCACUCAAGGAAAACCAGGGAGCAAGGGGAGAUCAGCACUGAAGCCCAGAACACGGACGCACUUCAUCCCCCACCCCCAAUUGACACCGCCUUUCGGGACGAACUAUGAUGCCGUAAGCGGUGCUGCUUUUGGGCUCUGAUCUGUGAUCAGAGUCGCUCCUUGUCAAAUCUUGUGUAGUGUGGGUUAAAAUAGAUUCCAGAAGGCAAGCGCCAAAUCUCUUGGGAUAAAUGUGAAGUAGGAUCGAUUGGGAUACUUCUAACUCUAUUUUUCAAAUAAGGGUACGACAGCGAAUGAUUUUGGUGACCAAUCAUUAAUUCCCGUUUGGAUUAGUUUGACACUAAUUGAAUACUUCCCUCGGCUUUCACCCGUUCUACGAUGCGCUGCUUUCCAAUAACAUGGUCGACAAUGUUACGGGUAUGGAAAUUCUCUUAACGCUAUUCAGUGGGUGCUUUCCGCGGCCACCAGCAACCUUGCAGAGGAUGUUAACCUGUGGUUGCGCACGGUGGGGCGUCCAAAUAAUGAGCAGUGCUCAUUGCGCAAUCGCUAACUCAACUCUGCAAAACAAAAUGUGUUGAGGGCUACAUUUUAUAACUGCUGUUAUCACAAAGGGCAAGCUAAUAUUCAAAGGUAAAUCUUAUUGUGUUUCCGCUGGUGCGGAGUAUCUAUAAAUACUUCCAGGCUUCCACAUUUGUUAUUCUAAAGAGGAAUUUUAUGUGCGUGCGUGUGUGAUUAUGUUUGCUCGUGUUUUUUUUUCUCUCUCUUUCCUAUUUAUUUUUUUUUAGCUGGGAUUGAAAAUAUCCCUGGGUUGUUCGUAACUCCUGCCCUGCUUUGGGGAUCAAGCGUUUAUAAGCUAAUUUGAGUAUCUGCUAUCCCGUUAAGGGGUCAUUUAUUGGCAGUUUGUUUCCGAGUGCCACUAAAUGGUUAAAUUCCCUGUUUCUACACCAAAGGUAACAGUCACAUCCCACCUCUCCCUGUUAGUCAUGUGGAGAAAUCCCAUUAGCAUUCAAAUUGUGGUGAUGUUACUGAGUUUGAAAUCUAGCCCUCAAUGUUUUCCAUUUGAUUAAUCCUGUUUUUUAAUUAAGCCCCCAGUUCUGAUCCUAAUGAAACUCUCCAGCACAGUUAUUCCGGAAAGUUGAUUCUCUCUGCUUUUUUUAUGUUAAUUGCUCCUUCAUCUCGCCCCCAAAUCUUUGCCCGCAAUGUGGUCCAUGGUCUUUUGCAUAAGCUUGCUAUGCAAAGCGGGCGCCUGAGUUUAUGCUGUGAGAUUGGGGAUCAAAACCCCAAUUGCUGUGUGGUUAGUGCUGGCAGCGGGAAGCUGAUGUUAUGUUUGCUUCUCUAGUCGCUUUCGAAUCGGGGCCGUGUAAAACCGAACUGCAGGUGAUAGAGUUCUGAGCCUCCGUGCUUUGGCGCGUGCUUUGAGCACUGAAGUCGGGCCUCCUUUAGUGAUAUUAUAAAACAUCCAGUCGCGUGGUGAAUUUUCUCAAUAAUGUUGAGAAAAAACGGUUUUUUGGAAGCUUUGAACCAUACCAACCAAAAAGAACGCUUUAAUCUGGAUUAAACACCAGUCCAAAGUGACGUGAUGAAUGACCUCUCUAUCUGCUGGUUCUCUCUUGAUGAGACUGACCAGUCUUGACACAAUGCACAGUGCCCACAUGUCCCCUGGGUUGUCUCCAUUCAGUGAGGACAUCAGGAUAAGCUGCUUGGAGAAAUUUACAGCAGUGUAAUGUAGGUUUUUGCCCUGAGGUUGGAAAUAAAUCUACCUGGAAGAUUUUGGCCAAACUGGUCCAAUGUAGGAAUAAGUAGACUCUUAAUCUAAUGAUAGCUAAAGAUAACAUUUGAUGGGGCUUGAAAUUUCCACCAAUUCCACCAUAGACUGUCCUAAUAUUUUUGAACGUGCAUAAUUGUUGAAAAUUAUUAAGUUCUGCCUGAAUUUGGAAGCUAGGUUUCUGAGUUUCUUUAAAAGAACUGUCUUCCAAACUGCAUCUAGGAAUUUUCCACAAUUCUGCCUGAUCUUAAAUCUUAAAACAAAAUGGUUGUGCGGGCUAAGGCAAAAUGAAAUUUCAGGCAAAUAACAAUAACAAUGCUUGCAUUUAAUUUAAUGCCUUAUUUCAUUGUCAAAGCAUCUCUUCACAGGAAUUAUAGAAAAUUUGUAGGCGAAUGCAG